CCAAAUCAUGCGCUGUAAUACGUAAACAGAAGUCAACGCUGUGAAAUUACAGCUUCAUAUGUGCACGUGUGUGAAAAUUAUUGUAUUAAAUUAUAAAGCUGUGACAAUAUAAAUCAUUACUUUGAGUUAUAGUGAGUGUACCGAAACCUCUCGAGUUACCAAUCAUUUAUGUGCUGGUGUGACGGCAAUGGAGGUUGAAGAAUUUGUUUCCAAGACACUUGAGCUCCUGCAAGAGGAGAGAGAAGCGGAGGUAGAAGAAGCACGGGCAUGGCAGGAGAACGUAUCUCUCAAAACCUUACAGCAGAAGGGAGUGUGCCUGCUGAAACUUCAGGUCGCAAGCCAGCACACUGGCAUGUAUGGGAGGCUUUUAGUCAUUUUUGAACCCAGAAAAAUUAUAGGACCCUCAGUUCUUCCCAGCAACACAUUUGGACCUGGGGACAUUAUUGGUUUGUAUCAAUCAGAAGGUCAGAGUCAGCCAUCUCAGUUGGGUUCAGGAGUGGUGACACGCAUCACUCAGACAUCCUUGACAGUGGCUUUUGAUGACACACAAGAUGGUAUCAACUUUGACCGAGGUGGACUUUACAAUUUGAUGAAGCUGGCGAAUGAUGUCACGUACAAGCGGCUCAUAAAGGCCUUAAAGUCUUUAAAUUCAUACAGUGGUGGUCCUGCAUCUCACCUGAUCAGUGUCUUAUUUGGUUAUUCAGAACCAGGGACAAUAUCACAUCAACGUGCAUUGGAAUUUAACAACACAGGGUUAGAUCAUUCUCAGAAGGAGGCUGUAGCAUUUGCAAUUUCUCAGAAAGAUGUCGCAAUCAUACAUGGACCACCAGGGACUGGCAAAACCACGACAGUGGUUGAAGUUAUCCUACAGGCAGUAAAACAAGAACAAAAGGUCCUUUGCUGUGCCCCAUCUAACGUGGCUGUUGAUAACUUGGUGGAGCGUCUGGUGAGAAGCAAAGUCAAAGUUUUAAGAUUGGGUCAUCCAGCCCGCCUGCUUGAGUCUAUUCAGAAACACUCACUGGAUGCCGUGCUUGCGCACAGUGACAACACCAACAUCAUCGCUGAUAUUCGCAAGGACAUGGACAAAGCUUUGAGUGAAAUGAGGAAGGGCCGUGACAAGGGCCAGCGAAGCAACGUGAAACGAGAAAUCGGGGAGCUGCGUCGAGAGCUCCGGUCUAGAGAGGAAACGGCGAUCACUCAGAUCCUGAAGAGAGCGGAUGUUAUUUUAGCAACUAACACUGGAGCCGCUGAUAAUGGUCCUCUGAAACAUCUUCCUAAUGAUCAUUUUGACAUGGUGGUGAUAGAUGAGUGUGCUCAGGCGUUAGAGAGCAGCUGCUGGAUCGCUCUUCUCAAAGCACGCAAGUGCAUACUGGCCGGGGAUUACAAGCAGCUGCCACCCACCAUCAAAUCACAGAGCGCAGCAUCUAAAGGCCUGUCUGUGAGUUUAAUGGAACGUCUGAUUAAGAAAUAUGGAGAUUCAGUGGUCCGAAUGUUGACCACUCAGUAUCGGAUGAACAGCGCCAUCAUGCAGUGGGCUUCAGAGCAGAUGUAUGAGGGCAAACUUAUCGCACACCAGUCAGUGGAGAAACACUUGCUUAGAGACCUGGUUGGGGUUGCUGAUGUUGAAGACACCAGAAUCCCUCUUUUGCUUAUUGACACAGCAGGUUGUGGCCUUAGUGAGAUGGAAAAUACGGAUGAGCAGUCCAAAGGGAAUCAAGGAGAAGUAGACAUUGUGGCUCUUCAUAUAAAAGCUCUUACUGGGGCUGGACUUCAAGUCAAAGAUAUAGCUGUUAUUGCACCCUAUAAUCUCCAGGUGGAUCUUUUGAGAGAGAAACUGUCCCAUAAACAUGCUGAGCUAGAGAUCAAGUCUGUUGAUGGGUUCCAGGGCCGAGAGAAAGAGGCAGUGGUGUUGUCAUUGGUCAGAUCCAACCGUAGGGGUGAGGUUGGAUUUCUUGCUGAAGACAGAAGGAUCAAUGUAGCUGUGACUCGUGCCAGACGGCAGCUCACAGUAGUGUGUGAUUCUCAGACUGUUCGAAACCAUGACUUCCUCAAAUCCCUCGUUGACUAUAUUACUGAACAUGGAGAAGUUCGGACUGCGUUCGAGUACCUGGAAGACUGUGUGCCACAGAAUUACACCCGUGAAAGUAAAGACAAACAGCUCGGCAUUAAAGAUGCUUCAUCUACAAAGCAGAAGUCCAAAAAUCAGGGCAAGAAACCAGAGCAAGAACAUAAAAAAAAUGCAAACAAGAGCAAAGGAGAGGGUCAGAACAAUGCUCGGUCUGGUCAACAAAAUCAAGCUUCCAACUCACACCAUCCUGAACCCAGAGAUGCUGAGCAGACCCAGAUUAAGAGACAAGAGAUCAAGGAGCAGAUACUAGACUUCCUAAAGGAUCAAAACAAGACAGAACUACAAUUUUCUUCCUUCCUUAAUUCCCAUGAGCGACUGCUGGUCCACGAGAUCUCUGAAGAGCUGGGAUUAAAGCAUGAGAGUCACGGAGUGGGGAAGAACCGUCAUGUCACUGUCUCCCGGACACAGGCAUCAUCGGAAAAUCCAGAGAAAGAGCCAGAGACCCAACCAACUGAGGUGACUGCAAGUUCUGCAGGGGUGCUGGAUGGAGAAAAAUCUGAGAAACCCUCACAGUCGGCCGUUGAUCUGAAAAGCCUGCAUAUGGAGCGCAUGCGUCGAGAGAUGGAGAAACGCGAAGAGAGAAAACAGCAAAAACAACAGAGCGUCAAACUGGAGUCAAAUCUCAAUGCCAGUAAAAGCCAGUCGGUUAAGAAAUCGAAAGGCACAACCAAAGGAAGCACUAAGAUGAAAGCAGGAGCAGUGGAUAUUGCUGCAGCUGCUGCAGGAGAUGAUGAUUUUGACGCUCUUAUCGAUGCUGUGGUGAAGGCAGAAAGCGUAUGCGGGUUUGUCAAGUGUAAAGCCAGCGUCCUCACAUUAGGACAGCUCUGCAUCUACUGUAACAGACAAUACUGUCUGAGUCAUCACAUACCUGAGGUUCACGGAUGUGGAGACGAAGCAAAAUCUCAUGCUAGAAUGAGGAUCAGUAAGGAGGGGGUGCUGUAUGCUGGUAGUGGACAGAAGGACAAGUCAAUGGACCCAAAUAAAAAAGCACACCUCCAGAGAAAACUGGACUCCAAACUCAAAGGAAUGGCAUCUCACAGAAAAACCAAAGCUAAGGACAAAGAACAAUAAGAUUGUAGAACACACUAGAUCUAUUUCAUGCUGUUGGAUUUCAGUUAUAAUGAAUGUUUCCUUGUGUUUUUUGUUUGUGUGAGUUAAAAAAAAAUGUAUUUAGGUUUUAAGAACAGCUGCAAUUUAAAGAGAUAAAAGCUAUUAUACACGCCCUUAGGUCAUUACAAACCCAUUUGAAUUUCUUUCUUCUGAUUCAUAUGGGUUUCAAAAGACAUGAGGGUGAGUUUAAUUUUUUUAGGUGAAUGGAUACAUUGUCAACAAAUAACAAGAAUCAAACAUGCGGCCAUUUUGUAAUAGUACUGUUAGCUGGCACUGCUUGAAAUACAGAAUCCAACCUAAUGCUGGAUUUAAAUCCCUUUAAACCUUUAAAAGAUUUAUGUCUUGUAGGAUUGUUGUUGGGAUGAAUAUUUGGAGUUCUUUCAAAGUUGUUAAUACCUUAUGGUCAGACUACUGGAACCUAAGCUUAGAUAACUUUUCCCACUUUAUCUCAAUGAUGUUCAUGUCAGAUGUACUGUGACUCAUUUAUUCCAUAAUCUGAACACAAGAGCUGUGAGCUACAGUAAUUCCAGUUAAUACAGGUUAUAAUAAAUUUAGUCAAAGCACAUCCCCUCAGUGUCUCUAAUUGCACAGUAUGUACAUGUACAGUAUAUCCAUCUUGUCCACAAGAGGACAUGAGAGACACGAGGUGGAAUUGUGAGAGCCAGGAAUCUGGUUAGUGCGGGAAUUGGAUGGUAAAUAAAUUAGGAUCAAUACUCCAAAACGUUAUAUGACGAUAUAUGUACAACAACGUCUGGCAGUUUUUUGGGGGGCAUACUCGCAUACAUUACCUUACGCCUACGCCUAAACAAUCUCUCUUGCAGAAUGGGUUGAGGAUACUUAACAUUGAUGUUCAGCCUUUUCACGUCUCAUCAGAAUGAACAGAAAAAAGUAAUUCAAGAUUUGCGCAUGCUGUUACAUGUUUGUCUAAUGUGUGUAUCUAUGAACCACCUCCUGUAACUCUUGUUGUGGAUAGAAGAUUUUAGUAAUUUUAGCAAAAAAUAGCACACAUCUUUUGCCUAAAAGUUAUGUUUAGAGAAUUCAUGGAGUGUUUUUAUAGGACAUAAUUUAUUUGUCAUAUUGAAACUUAUUACAAUAUUUGUAAUCCUAUAGUACAUGCACUUCAGUAUUUUAAUAUGGUUCUAGGUUUACUGUAGGUGAUACUCUGGGCUUGGCACUAAUAAUAGCUCUGCAAUGCUCCGAAUCAGACCCCAUGCUUUAAUGACCCCAGGUACUGAGACACGUCUAUAUUAGCCCCUGCCGGAUAUUCGGCUUCACGCACAAUGUAAGUAGUCCUGCAAUAAACGGGUUUAUUCAAUACAGAUUGGAAAAAUAAAUUUGUAAUUUUGCAUAAAUCCUGCUGCUUACGAUA